GCAAAUUCUGAAUUUGGUGGCUUCAAAAUGACCCAGCCUCUCAAGUUCAAUAUUCCAUCAUUUCAUCUUCAAUGGACUCAUCGUUUCAAGGCCCAAACAACCAAAACGACGACGUUUUCCUCGACGCUCUACCGCACUGCCCCUUCAACCAUUGCCCCGCUACCGCUGAUACUUCGCCGGAAUCUUCCGCUGAGGCUUCCAUUCUUUCCGACCUCAACCCACUCUCCCCAACUCCGGCGACCACAGUCCGCCGUCGUUCGACCCGACGUCAUUCUCCGGCUAGGGAGCCCAAGAAGACCUGUUCCGACGACAGUUCGUCCACCGUUCCCGGAGAAAACCUUCGGAGCGAUCGAAACCUCGAAACUCCGAAAGAAAACGAGGAUUCCCCCGAGAGAUGCGAUUCGAAUCAAAAGAAACUUCGUUCCUCUCCAUCUCCAAGCGUUGCCAGCGAAGAGGGGAAUGAGGAAUCGACGUUAACCACCGCCGAGAAUGACGACAGAACCACCGAUUUCGCGGACUCGGCCGUGGUAUUCGGUAAUUCCCCUAUUAACUUGCUCGAUUAUAUAACUGGGUUGGUUAUUAGAGCAAUUGUGUUUCAAAUCAAUGCUUUUUUUGUGUUAGUUAAAUGCCCAGUGUGGCUUACGGUACACGCUUUCAUGUUUUUUAUGGACCCUUUUGGAGCAAUUAGAAAGGGGAAAGGAUUGUUGGUGGAUAUUUUGGGUAGAGUGUUGUGUGGUGUUUGUGGGUGCAUUGGUUCUUCAGCUCAGGACUGGUUAAAAGAGCACAAGUCUUUGUGGAAUGUUGCAUUUAGGUGUGGAUGGGGAUUGUUGUGGUCGGUCUAUGUUUGUUGCAUUUUGUUUGCUCUUUUCGUUUGUUCUCUAGUGGUGAGUGGGUUUUUCGUGAAGAGUUUGGUUGAGAAGCCUUUUCAGAUGAGUCAGGGUUUUAACUUUGAUUACACCAAGCAGAGUCCUUUUGCUUUGGUGCCUGUGAUGUCUUGUGAUAAUGUUAGGAGCGGGCAUGAUUCUGGAACGAACGUUGCUGUUGUAAGUCGGAUGGGUAGAAGGGUUAUACCUGCUAAUCAGAAGGUGCAGGUCGCUGUUUCAUUAGUGGUGCCAGAGUCAGAAUACAACACAAACCUUGGCAUCUUUCAGAUCAAGGUAGACUUCUUGUCCUUUGAUGGCAAAACAAUUUGGACUGCGACCCAACCUUGCAUGUUAAAAUUCAUAAGCGAGCCUAUCCGGCUAAUGAUGACAUUCCUCAAGAUUGUACCACUUGUCACUGGUUUUAUAUCAGAAACCCAGACACUGAAUGUCAAGCUGAGAGGUUUCGUUGAAGGAAAUGUACCUACUUCAUGCUUAAAAGUAACACUAGAGCACCGAGCAGAAUAUCCACCUGGUGCUGGCAUUCCUCAAAUAUAUGAUUCAUCAGUUAUUAUUGAAUCAGAACUUCCCUUAAUCAAGAGAAUCUUAUGGCGUUGGAAGAUGGGCAUAUUUGUAUGGAUCGCAAUGAUGGCUUUCAUGAUGGAGUUACUAUUUGUUUUGGUGUGUUGCUUGCCUAUAAUUAUUCCAAGAACCAGGCAAGGUAGUGGUUCUGCUCCUGUUACUGGUAAUUAAAGUAAUCUUCAGGCAUCAAGUUGUGGAAACUAGUUUCUUCCAAAGGCAUCGUGACCACAACAGAAGAUUUUUCUUUUUCUCCAAUAAUAUUACCUAGCUUUUCAUGACAUGUAUAUCUUGUUUAGUGAGGCAUCCUAACUUCAAUUCUUUUGUCCUAACCUGUACAUGUUUACUUGUAAUGUUACUUUGCCAUAUCUUUGUCCA